AAAGACGCGAAAGUGGCACCGAAAGACGGACUGGAACAGUACACGUAGCGCGCGAACGUCGCUCGUUCUCAACUGGAAGCGAGCUCUGGGCGUGUGGCGGCCGUGGCUGCUGUCGCUGUCUCAGUCGUGGGUUGUGACGGCUCCGAAAGAAAGUGAAGUCGCUUGCGGCUUGUAGGAAAGGGCAAUUUCAAACGACCCAAUCAGGGCGCGGCGACAUGCGCGGUCGAGCCGUGGCAGGGACGUCCCUUGGACGCGGCGUGGGUGUCGAGCAGGCACACGUAGCAUCCUACUCGUCGUUGCCCUUACAGGACCAGCAGCCACACUCGGUACGGCCAGCCAGCGGGCGGGUAAUCCAGGGCGUCGCGCGAGGCGGCCAAUCAAACGCGACCUCGGGUUGUCGCACCUUUGUGUUCCUAUCGUAUAGAGCGCCAGAAGCAGAUUGGCCGAGAAUGACAGACACGGACGUCGCGACGACUCUCCCGUCGCCCGAGGACCUUAAGAUGAUCAACGAGAUCGCGGCGCUUCUCGACGACGCGGGCUUGGCGUCCACAUCACCGACGCCGUCCGUCAAGAGCGACGACGCGCCGGCGGCCAAGAUUGUCAAGACGCAGCACUACUACCGCAAGCGGCAAAAGGACGAGCGCAAGUACCUCCACGACCAAGUCCAGGAGCUGAGCUCCAAGCUGUCGGUGAUCACGACCAUGAAGACGCUCGAGGCCGACCAGUGCUCGCACUGGGAAAAGGUCGCCCGCACGCAAAAGCUCGGGUCGCAAAAGGCGGCGCUCGAGAACGCGCGGCUCAAACGCGCCCUUGAAGAUCAGCUCAAGCUCGCUGAAGCGCUCGACCAGCUUCUCGUCAAGCGCCCUCGCCUUGCGACGUUUCCGACCAUGGACGUCAUCGACUGGAAGCUGCGCAAGCUGCCGAUGGAGCCGAGUGCGCGCGAGGCGAGCUUCCACGCGAUGCUAAAUGACGCGUACGACCACGUCGACACGAACUUUCUUCAAAAAGGGCUGUACGACUCGAUGGACCACCUCCGGUCGCUCGACGUGUCGGCCAACGAGACGGACGACGCGAUCGUGAUUGACGUCCAGAGCGUCCGCCAGAUCGCGAGCAACUAUUUAACGUGCAGCCAAAACUUUUGGUCGCUCCUGAGCGAGCACGAAUACCUCAACCUCCCCAACGCCCACCUCCAAGUGCUCGAACACUUUGGCACUGACGGCAUCUACUUUCGACACCGCGCCCUCAUGCCGCAGAAGAACCCGUACUCGCAGCUGCUCUGGGGCGUCAAGCGCUAUUACGAGAAGAACCGCGUCGUGCUUGUCUUCAAGACGGUGCUUGAGGACCAGCGGUACCCGCCGGUGCCAGGCCUGUACAUUGGCAACCACACGGCCGCGAUCAUCAUUGAAGCUGUCGAUGAAAUGUGGACCUGCCGACGCAUGCACAUGCUCGGGCAGCUACCUGUCGAGCCGCCCAAGCAAAGCCCGCUGUCGUCGAACCCGAGCCACUUGAUCUGCGACUUUAUCUUGCACCAAAUAUCUCCAACCUUUGACGCGAUCGAGAGCUUGAUCGUUUAAACAUCGUCAAGCCUUUUUCAAUCUCAUUUUGUACACAUUUCCAAG